AUGGCUUCUGGCGGUAGUGCUCCUCCUGUUGGACAGGAGAAUAUCAACACCGACAUUGUCACUCUCACCCGCUGGCUCACUGAAGAGCAGGCCAAGGUAGCCGAAGCCACCGGUGACUUCACGCUUCUCUGCCACGCCCUGCAAUUCGCCUUCAAGUCCAUUGCCUACUACAUCCGUCGCGCCUCGCUGAUCAACCUCACGGGGCUGGCGGGGUCGUCCAACACGACGGGCGACGAUCAGAAGAAGCUUGACGUCAUCGGCAAUGACAUUUUCAUCGCGGCGAUGAAGGGAUCCGGCAAGUGCCGGAUCCUGGUGUCCGAGGAAGAGGAGGAGACGAUUGUGUUCGACGAGCACCCGGACGCGCGCUACGCGGUGGUGUGCGACCCGAUCGACGGAUCCUCCAACCUAGACGCAGGCGUCUCGGUCGGCACGAUCUUCGGCAUCUUCCGUCUCCCCGACGAGGUGCUGGGGGCGGGCAAGCAGGUCAGCGCCAAGGACCUCCUGCGCGCGGGCACGGAGAUGGUGGCCUCGGGCUUCACCAUGUAUGGCGCGUCGGCGCAGCUGGUCAUCACGAUGCGCAACGGCAGCGUCAACGGCUUCACCAUGGAGAACUCCCUGGGCGAGUUCAUCCUCACCCACCCCAACAUGCAGCUGCCCGCCAAGCGCGCCAUCUACUCGGUCAACGAGGGCAACAGCAUGUACUGGGACGACUGGUGCAACGCCUACUUCCACAGCCUCAAGUUCCCCGGCGAGGGUCAGAAACCCUACAGCGCCCGCUACAUCGGCUCCAUGGUCGCCGACGCCUACCGCACCCUCCUCUACGGCGGCGUCUUCGCCUACCCCGCCGACAAGAAGAGCCCCAAGGGCAAGCUCCGCAUCCUCUACGAGUGCGCCCCCAUGGCCAUGCUCUUCGAGAACGCCGGCGGCCUCGCCGUCAACUCCCGCAUGGAGCGCCUCCUCGAGGUCGUCCCCGAGCACAUCCACGACCGCAGCGGAGUCUUCCUCGGCUCCAAGGACGAGGUCCAGAAGAUCAUCGACACCUACAACCAGCACAACAAGAAUUGAAAAAAUUAUCCUCCAAUCACAAGAACGAACUGAAUAAACCAAGUGAGGGGGGUUCACCAUGUCACCGGGGCUGAUCAGUUUUGUCUCUCUUCUUCUUCUCCCCAUGCCAUGUUACGAGUUACGUUGUACUUAAUCGAUACACUCCAAACACAAACCCCCUUAAAAAAAAACAAUAAAAAACAUUUCAAAAU